CGUGACUCGGCGCUGGGCAGAAAUCCCACGGGAUAGGAGCCAGGGGAGCGUGAGCUGCAGUUUCUAUGACCAGUUAAAAGAAGAUGGAUGCACAGAGUUCAGCCAAAGUCAAUGCAAGGAAGAGGAGGAAAGAGGCACCCGGACCCAAUGGGGCAACAGAGGAAGAUGGAAUUCCUUCAAAAGUGCAAUGCUGUGCAGUUGGCUUACGGCAGCCAGCUCCUUUUUCUGAUGAAAUUGAAGUUGAUUUUAGUAAGCCAUAUGUCAGGGUAACUCUGGAAGAAGCCAGCAAGGGAACUCCUUGUGAACGGCCUGUGAGAGUUUAUGCAGAUGGAAUAUUUGACUUAUUUCACUCUGGUCAUGCCCGGGCUCUGAUGCAAGCAAAGAACCUUUUCCCUAAUACAUACCUCAUUGUGGGAGUCUGCAGUGAUGAGCUAACACACAACUUCAAAGGCUUCACGGUGAUGAAUGAAAAUGAGCGCUAUGAUGCAGUGCAGCACUGCCGCUACGUGGAUGAAGUGGUGAGGAAUGCCCCUUGGACCCUGACACCUGAGUUCCUGGCAGAACACCAGAUUGACUUUGUAGCCCAUGAUGAUAUCCCUUAUUCUUCUGCUGGGAGUGAUGAUGUUUAUAAGCACAUCAAGGAAGCAGGCAUGUUUGCUCCAACACAGAGGACAGAAGGUAUCUCCACAUCAGACAUCAUCACCCGGAUUGUCCGUGACUAUGAUGUGUAUGCGAGACGGAACCUACAAAGGGGCUACACAGCAAAGGAGCUCAAUGUCAGCUUUAUCAAUGAGAAGAAAUACCACUUGCAGGAACGGGUUGACAAAGUAAAGAAGAAAGUGAAAGAUGUGGAGGAAAAGUCAAAAGAAUUUGUUCAGAAGGUGGAGGAAAAAAGCAUUGACCUCAUUCAGAAAUGGGAAGAGAAGUCCCGAGAAUUCAUUGGAAGUUUCCUGGAAAUGUUUGGUCCAGAAGGAGCACUGAAACAUAUGCUGAAAGAGGGGAAAGGCCGGAUGCUGCAAGCCAUCAGUCCAAGGCAGAGUCCCAGCAGCAGCCCUACUCGGGAACGCUCCCCCUCUCCCUCUUUUCGAUGGCCCUUCUCUGGCAAGACUUCCCCAUCUUCCUCCCCAGCAAAUCUCUCCAGGCACAAAGCUGCAGCCUAUGAUAUCAGUGAGGAUGAAGAAGACUAAGUUUUCAUGCCUCCUUUUCUCUCCCUUCCCUCUGUCCCAUCACUUUCAGAAGCUCUCUGUUGAAUUCCAAAUUGUGAUCCUAGCACUAAACCUGAGGACAUCUACAAAGGAAAGACGAUUGGGACAAGAGGACCUAGGAAUGGGAGGACUAAAACAGCCUGUCCUCCAAGAGACUUUAAUCACCCACACCAAGAAGAAGGCUGACUAUACCUUAGGGGGUCUGUUCUGCAUCUACCCUCCUCAAGGACUUGCUUUACUGUUUAUGUUUAUGUGAUCCUGACAGGGAAAUUGUCAUUUUUAUUAAUUUUUUAAAAAUUAGUCUCUCAAAUAGAAUAAGUCAAACUAAUUUUUUGCCCCUGAGGAGUGGGCAGAAGAAAUAAGUGAUGUAAUACCCAGAGGCCUUUUCUCCCUGAUACAUUAUAGUAUUUGCCUUCUGCUCUGAAGCAAAGUGGCUUGCCAAGUCCUUCAAGCAGUGAGCCAUGCUGAUGGGUGAUUUGUAGGGAAUAUCUUAAGUUUGGUUCCCGUAAAAAAAGCUUAGAGCUGAGUUACAGUCACAAAGCCCCUAAAUAUACUGCUGGCACAUGUGUCAGUGUAGCUGUGGGAAGAAGGAGAUCUGAGCCUAACUUUUCUUACUCCCUGAGGAGUUUCUUGUUGGACCCAAUGGGGUCCAUGAAGAUACUGAUGGGGAUAGAACCAGACCACAUGGCAUCUACUGCGGUUUUUCUGCUGUGUUCAUCUUCUCAGAAAAUUCUGUUGCCCAGUUAUUUGGGAGCUCUCAUCAGUCUUUUUUGCAAUCUGCCUUUAAAGAAAGGAACACUUCUAGGGUUACUGUGAUUGAGAAGAGUGGGACAAUACUCAAUCCUGUAUAUAAAGUCAGUUUAGAUUCAUUUCCUGCUGGGAGUAAGUCCCUGGCCUGCUACUCCUGUUUCAGUGCUUUUAAUCCAGCUUUUUUACAUUUUCGUAAAUGUCUGCAGUUUGAACUUGAUCUGUUAAUACAUGUUGCUCAUAGCCAUCGUGAGUAUUUAGA